ACCCGGGGGCGGGGCUCUGCGGGCACUGCUGCCCGCACUCCGCUGCCCGCACACACCUGGCCCGGAGCCGCGCGGUGCCGGCUGCCCAGGGUCCCGCAGCCGGGGCUGGUGCCGCUCGCAGCCCCCUGGGGAGCCCGAACCGCCGGAGCUGGCGGGACUCGACCCGCAAGAGCCGCGGGCUCAGCCCCGCACUGCCAGGGCGCAGCAUCCGGAGCCGAGAUGGACCCCGCGUCUGGGGCCGGGGACCUGGAGACCGCUCGCCUGGUGAGCGCCCGGGGAAGCCGCAGCACCGGCACCCGGCGCCUCACGAGUCUCUUCACAGGCUCCCAGAAGCCCUUCCCCGGCCUGCCCCCGGAGACCAACCCUGCGGCUCCGUCCCUGGAGCUGGACCGGCGCCUGGCCCAGCACUGCCACCAUGGAGCCCGCUCCCCCAGCCAGAGCCGUGCGGAGCUGCAGGCCUGCCGGAAGCUUGGCAUCACCUGCGCCAUCUGCUUUGUCUUCAUGAUCGGCGAGGUCGUUGGCGGGUACCUGGCACACAGCCUGGCCAUCAUGACUGAUGCUGCCCAUCUGCUGGCGGACGUGGGCAGCAUGGUGGUCAGCCUGUUCUCCCUGUGGGUCUCCGCCAGGCCGCCCACCAAGUCCAUGAGCUUCGGCUGGCGCCGCUCAGAGACGCUGGGCGCCCUGGCCUCGGUGCUGUCCAUCUGGGUCGUGACCGGAGUCCUGGUGUACCUGGCCUCAGCCCGCAUCAUCAGCAACGACUAUGAGAUCGACGCACGCGUCAUGCUGGCCACCUCCGCUGGCGCCGUGGGCAUCAACGUCAUCAUGGCCUACAUCCUGCACCAGUCGGUCACAGGCCACAGCCACGCCCGGGGCUAUGAGAAGAUGGAGGAGAGUCCUGGCUGCUGCGCACCCCCUGGGAGCCCCCUGCCUGGCAGCACCAGCGUGCACGCCGCCUUCAUACAUGUGGUGGGGGACCUGCUGCAAAGCCUCGGGGUCCUGACGGCUGCCACCAUCAUCUACGUGGAGCCCCGGUACAAGAUCGCAGACCCAAUCAGCACCUUCCUCUUCUCCAUCUUCGUGCUGGGCUCCACCAUCACCAUCCUCAGGGACGUCUUCCGGGUCCUCAUGGAAGGGGCGCCGCGGGGCGUCGAGUUCACCGCAGUGAAGGACGUGCUACUGGCUGUGAAGGACGUGAAGGACACCCACAACCUGCACCUCUGGGCCCUGACCCUCAGCCACCACAUGGUGUCUGUGCACCUGGCAGUCGAUGCCGGCGCGGACUUGGAGGAUGUGCUGCAGGAAGCCACCGCCCAGCUGCAGAGCACCUUUGGCUUCGUCUCGUGCACGGUGCAGGUGGAGCGGUACCUGGAGGACAUGGCCACCUGCCGCCAGUGCCAGGACCCCCGGGAUUGAGCACCAGGCCCGCAGCACAUGGCACCGGAGAUGGAGAUGCCCCAGCCCCCAGCCUCUGCUCUGCCCGGCAGGCCCCCACGUGCAGCCAGCGGGCUGUGGGGCUGCCCCACCAGGCCCUGGUCUUGGCUCUCUUUCUACUGCCAAUGGGGCGCAAGGGCCAAGGUACCUUGUGCCAAGAGCCCCACCCACACUGCCCCAGGGGCUGUGCCCCACUGGGUGGGAGAGAGCCAUGGGACUGCUGGAGCUGCCCUGCCCCCACUGCCGGGACCGUUCUCCCCAUCUGCCUCUGCUGAGCUCUUGGGAAAGGGGGAGCCAUCGCCCUGGUGCCCUUUCAGGCAGCCUGUCUUUGUGCAGUGGGGUGCGAUGCAGAGCGCCCCCUGCAGGGUGAGAGUGUCGCACUCCCUGCACCCCGGCCCAGGACUGGGGCGGCUCUGCUCUGGAGCUGCUCCCGCAGCUGCUGCGCUGCCUUCGCCCUACAUUGCAGGGGCCCUGCUCCCCCGGCCACUGCCAGAUGCCUGUUCUCUCCUGCUCCUUACAGAACAACACCACACUGGGCCAGACCAAGGGUCCCUCUAGUCCAAUGUCCUGUCUCCAGCCAGGGCCAGGGCCCCAGAGGGAGUGAACAGACCAGGUAAUCACCAAGUGAUCCCUCCCGUC